UUACAUUCAAGACAUUGGCGCUGAAAAGACAUGCUCUGAUCCUGUUUACUGUAAAAUGGAAAGAAUUCCUCGUUCCUUAACCAUCAAGGAGUCACUGUGGUUCAAGGAAGAAAGAAAAAAUUUAGAGAAAGAGACUCAACCAGCAUUGAAAGAUGCUAAUGAUGAUGAUACUAUUCCAAAGACUAAAUCAGCAAAUGAGGCCAGUCACUCUUCAAUUACACAGAUCAAUGAGUCCAAUGAUGAUCAACAAAAAGUUUUACUGAGUAUCAGGAAUCUAGCAGAGAUAUUGGAAGUGUUAAAAGAUGGUCACUUUCAAACUACUAAAUGGAUUGAUCUUGGUCUCCACUUGGGUCUGUUUUACAAUGAUCUCAAGACAAUUGAGACUAGAUACAAUAGAGAUCCUGACCAAUGCCUUAGAGAAUGUUUAGCAUCAUGGCUGAAAGGUGGCUUUGAAGCAACAUGGGACAGACUAGCUAUUGCCGUUGGUAAAGUAGGAGAGACAACAGCUGCUACUUAUAUAAGAUCAAGAAAAGAACUUCAAUAAUGUAUCAAUUUUAAAAUGAGCA